UCCACAAUGACUUAUUCUUCUGUGAUUCAUUUCUUUCUCUUCUCCAUAGCCCUUUUCUCAGUUCCCUGCUUAUCAAUCUCACAUUCUCCAAAUUCCAAACCACACCCCUUUCUCCUUCCCAUUAAAAAAGACCCAGCAACCAAUGUGUUCUACACUUCAAUUGGCAUAGGAACUCCACAACAAAACUUCAAUGUAGCCAUUGAUCUUGCUGGAGAAAACUUGUGGUACGAAUGCAACAAUCACUACAACUCAUCAUCUUUUCAUCCAAUCAUUUGUGAAUCCAACAAAUGCCCCAAAAACACUCAUGCAUGCAGUUUUUGCCAAGGCCAAUUCAGACCAGGUUGCACAAACAACACAUGUGGCACCACCAAUUACAACCCCUUAGCUCAAGUCUUAUUCCCUGGAGACCUCGCUGAGGAUGUCGUGUCCAUUUCUCAAAAUCAAGUGUUUGGUGUUUCCUCUGGCUGCACUAACUCUGAUGGCUUCAAUGGGCUCCUUGAAAAAUUACCCAAAAGCAGCCAAGGGAUUAUAGGCCUUGCAAGGUCACAACUUGCUUUGCCAACACAACUUGCAUUGUUGAAGAAGCUUCCUCCUAAGUUUUCUCUCUGUUUACCUUCUUCAAACAACAUAGGAUUCACAAACUUGCUCAUUGGAACAGAGGAACAUCCUCUGUCCAAAUAUAUGCAAACCACUCCUCUGAUUUUGAAUCCUGUUGACACUGGUCCAGAAUUUGAGGAGGGUGUUCCCUCAACAGAACACUUCAUUGACGUGACAUCAGUUAAGAUUGAUGGCCAAGUUGUGAACCUGAAGCCUUCCCUUUUAUCCAUUAAGAAAGAUGGCAAUGGGGGUACUAGAAUGAGCACCAUGACUCGUUUUGCUGAAUUACAAAGCUCUGUAUACAAACCCUUCAUUCUAGAUUUUAUUAAGAAGGCUUCUGAUAGAAGAAUGAAGAGAGUGGCAUCAGUGGCACCAUUUGAGGCAUGUUUUGAUGUAACAACAAUUGGCAAUUCUAGAACUGGACUUGCUGUGCCAAGUAUUGAUCUUGUGCUGCGAGGUGGAGCGGUGUGGACUAUUCAUGGAGCCAAUUCCAUGGUGAUGGUGAAGAAGAAUGUGGCGUGUCUUGGAUUUGUUGAUGGAGGGACAAUAGGAACAAUGUCGUUUGUUAAAGCCUCGAUUGUUCUUGGUGCUCAUCAGUUGGAGGAAAAUCUUUUGAUGUUUGAUCUAGCUUCCAACAAAUUCAGCUUCAGCUCCUCGCUUUUGCUCCACAAUGCAAGCUGUUCCAACUUUUGAAUGAAAUGUUGGUAGAUUCUAAGUUCUGGUUAUCACUUGAACUAGUCAUGGUGAUUAGGAGUGAGUAGGAGUACACGCAUGAUGAUGAUGCUGAGAUGAACGGAUAAAAAAGAGAUAUUCUUUGUCUCACAAUAAAAACGAAAUAUUCUUUAUUUCAUAUCUUGAUUUUUGGAAAGGGAAAACCGUGUGCU